GAAGUGCUUUCUGUUUACACAAAAACCUUCUACGCACAGGACAGAGAAAAACCCUGAGUGGUUGUUUUUUUAAACUAAAAAAUAAACAUUUCUAGAACAUUUUUUCUUAUUACCCCACCGACAUGGUUCAUGAAGAUUUAUUUGCCCGUCUUAAUGAAGCUGGCUAUAAGAACUGGCUAAAAGCAGGUUUCUGCCUCCUGAAAGUUAAAGAUGGAUUGUGUGGAUUUGCAGACAGUGAAAUGCAGGAGUUUCACAACACAGUCAUCAAUAACAACUUCGUGUUACAGAGAGGACAGAGGUGCAGAAGCAGCUGUAGACCGAGAGGAAAUCAGUUCGAGUUUGCUUGUCCUCUCUGUAAUGAGUGGAGGAGGGAAAUAUUGAGACACCACACAAAACCAUCUGGUGUCAUUAACUGGGGAAACUGCAGGCCCUGGCUGUGGCCUACUGAACACUGGGAACUGGCAAAGGCUUUCAUGCCACGAGGAUUGGCAGAUUUAUCCAGAGCAGACCAAUGUGAUGCAGCAGCACUGCUGAACCUCCUCCACUUCUGUGACCAUUUCAGCUUCAUCAACCAGAGGCUCAUCACAGAGGUCAUACGCUGUAGGAAUGAGUUAAUGCACUCGUGUGAGAUGCAGGUCACAAAUGAGUGGAUGACACAUUUUCAGAAGAGCCUGGAACAGUUGUUACUAACUCUACGCCACGUCCCUGAAGUGGCUGCAGCAGGCCAACAGAUCCAGGAGAUGUUGUCUGUUGAUCUGUCGUUGCACAUCCCUGGGGUGGACAGUGUGGAUGGAGCCAAAAUGGAAGGAGUAUUGAUUGAAUCUCUCAGCCAGUGUGAGACGGAAUUGCUCAGGGAAUCCCUGAGAGACCUAUUAAACAACCGUGAACUCCAGGGGGAUCUCAUACCUCUGGAGAAACUGCAGAACAUCUGUAGAUUCCUGAACAGCCACAAGGAUCUUGAAGAGCAGUUCAGGACAGAACUUCAGAGCCUUCAGAGCCUAAAGGCACAACAGCUGCAAGGAGUGAACAACAAUGGGGAAAGAUGACUGUGUUGCAGGGGUUAAUACAUAUAAAUGGAUAACUCCAUUUUGGUUUGAAUUGUAUAUAGCAGGAAUAUUAGUAGUCAGAUCGUUCAUUCAGGUUUUUCACAAGCAGGUCGUUCCAUGUAACUUGGAAUGGUACACUUUAACACACGCUGUACUAUUCAUAGAUUUCAGUAGUAUGCCGUUGCAGUCAAGUUACAGUCAGUAAAUUGUUGUAAAGUGCUCCUUCGAUCCAGGACAUUUGUUAGAAAGGAAGGAGAAUGUUCUCACAUGUCUCAUGUUUAUGUACAGUGUCUUGCAAAAGUAUUCAUCUCCCUUGGUGUUUGUCCUGUUUUGUUGCAUUACAAGCUGGAAUUAAGAUGGAUUUUUGGGAGGUUGGCACCAUUUGAUUUACACAACAUGCCUACAAUUUUAAAGUUGCAAAUUACUGUUUUAUUGUGACACAGUUGUUUUAUUGGUGUACAGCAAUCUUCAAGUUAUGCCACAUAUUCUCAACUGGAUUGCAGUCUGGGCUUUGAUUAGGCCAUUUCAAGACAUUUAAAUGUUUCCCUUUAAACCACUCCAGUGUAGCUUUAGCACGAUGUUUCAGGUCAUUGUCCUGCUGGAAUGUGAAUGUUCGUCCCAGUCUCAAACCUCUGGCUGACUCAAACAGGUUUUCCUCCAGAAUUGCCCUGUAUUUAGUGCCAUCCAUUUUUGCUUCAGUCCUGACCAGCUUUACUGUACCUGCAGGUAAAAAAAUAUCCCCACAGCAUGAUGCUACCACCACCAUGCUACACUGUAGGAAUGGUGUUCUCAGGGUUUGCGCCACAAAUUGCAUUUCCCAUGAUGGCCAAAAAGGUCAAUUUUAGUCUCAUUUGAGCAGAGAACCUUCUUCCAUGUGUUUGGGGAAUCUGCCACAUGCUGUUGGGCAAACUCCAAACGUUUUCUUAAGCGCUGACUUUUUCUGGCCACUCUUCCAUAAAGCCCCACUCUGUGGAGUGUACGGCUUAAAGUGUUCCUAUGGACAGAUACUCCCAUCUCGGUUGUGGAUAAGAUAAGAAGACCUUUAUUAUCCCAUAAUGGGGAAAUUUCCUGUUUGCAGCAGGACAGUGGAUAGCAGCAGAAGAGGACAUAUCAAGUCACACAAGUAAAAAAAAAAAAAAAAAAAAAUAUAUAUAUAUAUAUAUAUAUAUAUAUAUAUAUAUAUAUAAAAAUUGCACCUCCUUUAGUGUUUUCUUUGGUGUCUUUGUUGCAUCUCUGAUUAAUGCCCUCCUUGCCCGGUCUGUGAGUUUUGGUGGGUGGCCUUCUCUUGUCAGGUUUGUAGUGGUGCCGUAUUCUUUCCAUUUUGCUAUAAUGGAUUUAAUGGUGAUCUGGGGGAUAUUCAAAGUUUGGGAUAUUUUUUUAUAACCCAACCCUGAUCUAUACUUCUCCAUAACUUUGACCUGUUUAGAGUGCUCCUUGGUUUUCAUAUUGCUUGCUUAGUGGUGUUGCAGAGUCAGGGUCCUUCCAGAACAGGUUGAUUUAUACAGACAUCAUGUGACAGAUCAUGUGACGCUUUGAUUGCACACAGGUGGAUCUUAAUCAACUAAUUAUGUGACUUAUGAAGUGAAUUGGUUGGAUCAGCUCUUAUUUAGGGGUUUCAUACGAAAGGGGGUGAAUACCUAUGCACACUCCACGGUUCUGUUUUUUCAUCUUAAUUAUUGUUUGUGUCACAAUAAAACACCAAUUUUCACCUUUAAAGUGGUAGGUACUUUGUGUAAAUCAAAUGGUGCUAACCCUCCAAAAAUCCAUUUUA